AUGGCUUCUUGUGUCCAUACCUCCAUAGGCGAUCCAGACAGACGCAGAAUCAAGAUGUAUAAGUUGGUGGUGAUGGGCACCGGUUCUGUGGGCAAGACUGCACUGACCAUUCAGUUUACUAAGAAUCGUUUUGUGACCCAGCAUGACCCCACCAUCCAAGAUUUCUACUGUAAGAAAACAGUGGUGGACAAAGAGCGGUGCCAGCUGCACAUCGUGGAUACCACAGGUACUGAAGAGUACUACCUUCUCAGGAACCAUUCCGUGCACUGGGGAGAGGGAUUCCUCUUGGUCUAUGCAGUGAAUGACCCCCACUCUUUUGAGAACGUGAAUUUAUUCUGGGAUCGUCUGUGGAGGCUCAAGGGCACCGCCCCUGUGCCCGUGGUGUUGGUGGCCAACAAAAUCGAUGUGACCGAUAGUCUAGUGGACCCCACAUGGGGCAAGGAGAUGGCCAGGCGCUUAGGGGUCCCUUAUGUGGAGGCAUCAGCCAAGACUGGACAAGGUGUGGAGCAAGCCUUCCAUGAAUUAGUUUGUGAAAUCCGUAGGAUCCGAGCUGAGGAGGAGGAGGUCAAGAGUCACCCCAAUACUGAGCAGAAGGAGGCCUCUGGUUCAACUGUUGCACAAUCCAGUGAACAGGAAUGACUACCUCAGUACCUGGGUAUCCUGACCAGGCAAGAAAAGACUCCAUUCCUCCUUGAGUACACAGCCUCCCCCCACUCC